AUGCCGCCAAAACCGUCAGCCAAAGGAGCCAAGAAGGCCGCGAAGGCUGUGAAGCCGAAGGUCGACAAGAAGAGAAAGCACUCGCGCAAAGAGUCCUACUCGGUCUACAUCUACCGUGUUCUCAAGCAGGUCAGUUCUUUCUACUUUCCCAAUAGUUUCGCAAUCUAUCAAACGUUUCCAGGUUCACCCAGACACUGGAGUCUCCUCGAAGGCCAUGUCCAUUAUGAACUCGUUCGUCAACGACGUCUUCGAGCGCAUCGCCGCCGAAGCUUCUCGUCUGGCCCACUACAACAAGCGCUCGACGAUCUCGUCCCGCGAAAUCCAGACGGCCGUCCGUCUGAUUCUUCCGGGAGAGCUCGCCAAGCACGCCGUCUCCGAAGGAACCAAGGCUGUCACCAAGUACACCUCCAGCAAAUAA